AUACGCAGGGUUGUCAAACAGUAAAGUUUCUCUGGAGCCUCCAUGCAAUCUUGUCAGCUCAAGACACACUGUAAGAGCCUCUCUGCAUGUAUUAGGGCAGUAGGUACAAAUAAAAAAAAAAAAAAAAUACGAAGAAUAUCCACUGGUCAUCCUCUGAACAUCAGCCACUCGACAAGUCCGCUGUGAAACCCGACACAGUACAAGGGCAGAAGUCAAGCUAGGGCAUCAGAAACGAUAGUUGGAACCUGAAGUCAUUCACAGACACUUGAAUUGUCAAGCCUGCUAGCUGCUGCCCCUGCCCUCAAGUUGCCUUUACCAUGGCUAUCAUUAAAAAAGUCCACACUUUACAAUAAGCCUGAGGAAAAUCUCUUGCUACAGUUGCAUCACCUCUCUUCCAGCACCAUCAUCUAAAACGUUUUGCUCUAAAGACGGCGCCAGUCUGGUGCAGCCAUGCACCUAGAAGUGAAGGUCGCCCUCAACUUCAUUGUGUCGUACCUGUACAACAAACUGCCUCGGCGUCGAGCUGACCUGUUUGGGGAGGAGCUGGAAAGGAUACUGGUGUCUCGUUUUGAGGGUCACUGGUACCCAGAGGCUCCCCUCCGGGGCUCUGCCUUUCGCUGUAUUCAUCUAGGGGCUCAGAGAGACCCAGUGGUAGAGCUGGCUGCCAAGAGGAGUGGCCUCGACACGGAAGAAGUGCGUGCAAAUGUACCUGCUGAGCUGAGUGUGUGGAUCGACCCAUAUGAGGUUUCCUACCAGAUUGGAGAGAAAGGGGCAGUGAAGGUCCUCUACCUGGAGGACCCUCCUGGACUCGGCUGUGAUAGUGAGAGGGCUGAGGGGGUCAUCAGAGAGGCUAAAGGAGAUACAGAGGUGGAUGAGGCCAAGAGUCUGGGCUUCAACCCAGAUGCUCAGGUAUUUGUGCCGAUUGGAAGCCAGGCUUCUCCUGCCCUCAUGCCUUCUCUGUCAAGCUCUCCAACACCUCUGCCGGCCCAGUCCUGCCCUGGGCUCUUUAGCUACCCCAGCUCCAGCACUCCCACUGACCUCACUGCCCACUCCUCCAACACCUCCACUCCAUCCCCUCCAAGUGGCGGCCUGCCCUACCUCUCCACUCAGCAGCCGCCCUCAGCUCUUCCCCCUGCCCGACCCCAACCCAUAACCUUCACCACCGCCAGCUUUGCUGCCACUAAAUUCGGCUCCACCAAGAUGAAGAAAUGCAGUGGGGCUGGCUCAGCGAGUAGCUCGUCCGUUGCAGUCAACGUACCACCCACCCAGAGGAUGCUGUCUCGCUCCCCUACAACCAUCUCGGCACCAGAGCUGCUUAAGCACAAACCCCUGUCUCUUUCCUUGCACUCCCUCGGAGGUCCCAUGCCCAGCCAGCUCUCCCCCAACGCCAAAGAGUUUGUCUACCCAGGAUCACCAGGUCCGCUUUACUUUGAGGCUGACGCACAGUCCAUGCAACCUCAUGCCAGCCCAUUCCAACCUCCGCACACUGUCAACAACCAUCCAUCCUUUGACCCUUUCUCGAGCCCUCCUCCAGCCCAGAGUGUGGGCAUCAUCGGCAGCAGCGGCGGGAUCUCCUACAUGGAGAAACCUCCAUUUGUUGAGGGUUUAGGAAGUUACAACCUGCAAUAUCCUAACCAGUCCUUCCAGCCUGUUGUGCUGGCCAACUAAGCCUUCGUUUGAUAACAGUUGCAGGAGGAGUCGAGUUAAGGACAGUAACACUCCUGAUAUUUUCAGUUUUUCUAACAAAAUGUUCUAAUACUAAUACAAGUUAAGAAUUAGUUUUACUACAAAGAUUUAAAAUACCACAUUCACUGAGUGUUUCAUUUGUUGUGUUCCUCUACAAUCCCCAUUCCUCCCCUGCUCAUUUGUCACUGGCAUUGGUCAUUCUUUGUGUGUUGACAGAAGUGGGUGGGAGUAUGUUCCUUUCUAUCUUGAGUCGUUGCCAAGCUCUUAUGUUUAUUAUUUUGCAUUGAAUGUUAAUGCGAGAGAUUUUUUUUUUUUUUCCUAGGCUUGUAGUCUAAUGGACCCGGCUCUAGUAUACCUCCAUUUUGCAUUGCACUGUCAUGCUGUGAAAAAUGACCUAGCCAAGUCCUGCAGGGAAUGACGGCUGUGGAAAAGCUCAGCACUUUGCUCUGCAAUCUGCUCUGCCCUACUUGCCACAAAUACAGAGAGGGGGCUCUGUUGUCUCUCCGUGUGUGUAGCCCUGUUCUGUUUUGUUGUGGCUCAGCGUGAUCGAGAGACUCCCUGUUUGCAUGGUGGGCAUGUUACCCUUGAAAAGCACUCGUGCUCGGACACAGUUGAGUUCCGUUGUGAGUGGGUGUAUACUGAAAGCAGUUGACAUGACAUGGUUUUAAAUGAAAUGAGUGGAGGGAGGAAAAAGGAAGCAUUAGGGUGUUAGAGUGAUGUAGUAGAAUGUAUCGUACCUGUCAGGGGAAAUUGCACCUUGAACAGUCGGGAAAACCUUGGUGAAUAUGAAAUGCGAAUUAAUCUUUGCAUUUUAAUAACAUAGCCUUGUUCUGAUACCUCGCUUUUACAUGCAAGUUAUAAUUUCACAAAAUCUAAACAAAUGGAUGCACACAUAUGUGCAAAAUAAUUUGCACAUGCACACGGUUGCCGUCAGCAAUGUGUGAAGGUGAACAGGCAGAGAAGGAGGAGGUGAGGGGGGGAUGGGAUGCAGCAGCUAAGCAAGAGGGAUUGUGAUAAAUGGCUUAGCAUGACUUUGACUAUGAAGGAGAGGUUUUCCUCUGCAUGGAGGGGAGAGAAGGAAGACAGAAGGAAAUGAAAGGGGGAGAGAAGCAGCUGGAGGGAUCUGUUGCCUCAGCGGCGUCCAGGGUGUAUUGGCUUAGAGAGCGACACUUUAAAACCCAGAGCACGUUUCUUGUGAGCUUAAAUGGUAUUGAAGCCAAAGGCGCACACUAUUCUCUCCCCUCUUGAAAUUCUUCACUGAUCUCUGGUUUUUACAAAAAGAAAACAGAAUUGUACAGUUCAGUUCAGGGUGCAGUGAGCGGUGAGGUGGACAGAUGGAAAGAUACAGAGAUGAAUGUUCUUAAUUGAGUGGGUUUUGUCGCUUUUUUUCUUUUUGGAUAGCUUGUCAGAGUGUGUGCUCGUGAACAGCAGUAUGUUUACCAGCCGGGUCCAUGUGAUUGUUAUAUUAUCCCUCCAGGGAAGAGAGACCAUCAAAUGUCCAUUUGAGCUUUCCAGCACUUUAUUACAGGGCUCCUGAUGCUUUGUGUUGCCCACAGACAUAGAGCCCCCAUUCCUUUACCCUCUGUUUGGCAGUGCACAUUUUAUUUAACUGUCAAGAAAUGCUUUAGAGACUCAAGAAGGAGUACAUUUGUAUUUAAAUGCAUCACAGCAGUGAGAUGUCUGUACAGACUUGUAUCUGUUGAUGCUUUUGUAUACGACAACCCAAGGACCCCUGACUUGUGUUCACUCUGGUGUUGCGAUGUGGCGGCUUGUCAUAUGCAUGCAGUCAUUGAAGUUUCUUUUUCGUUUUGUGUGGAUGGGGAGGCACACAUCUCGGUAAAUGUUAUAUUUCUGAAGGGAAAAAAAAUGCAUCUGUAAUUUUGUUUGUAAUUUAUUUCUAUAUUUUUGUUUUUUUGCAAAUGAUCACUUAACAUUUGUAUAAGUAAGAAAUGACAAGUCCAGGAAAAUGUAUAUAAGCAGUUCUUAUGUUCAGAUUCUUUGUUUAGUUUCUUACAUGGCGAAGUUAUUUUUUCAGAAAAAUAACAUGAAUAUAUGCAAACUGAGACAAAAAUAAAGAUGUACAGAAUAAAGUAUUGAAUGUGUAUUGUACCUUGUACAGCAUUUGUCUAAUAAGACGGGUAAAUGUAUUCAUUCUUCAAGUGAGAUUUGGAGUUUAAGAAAUGAAUGUUUACAGUGGGUUUGUGUAGGAAAAGAUGGCUAAUAUCUUCUUUUUUUUCUGCAUUUCCAGGGCAGUCUGACAAUAUUAUUCCACAUUUUCAUAGGCAGUACAUUUAAACCAAAAAUAUCCCCGUAUGUCAUAGAAAUUUAAGUGCAAUGUACAUCUUUUUAUAUUAAUUAACUGCAUAUCAUAUGUUCAUCCCUAUUCUUUGUUCUUUUAUUUACCCAUCAACAAAAUUCAUUAAUAUCCCUGUUUGCCUGAUUUGUCAGCCCUUAACCUUUUUUUGUCGCAAUUUAUAUGCUCUGUUAAAUUUGACUUCACCUAAUUUAUUCAGUGGGUUCUCCUCCCCCUUUCCUCUGGUCUUGAUACUAUAGCCAUAUCCCAGACUAUCUUUGCUUACACAGAUGCUCACCCUUAUCUGGUGCAAUGUAAUGCCAUAGUUUAAAUUACCCUGAAAGAUUCAAGGGGGUUCUACCUCUGUUCACCCUGGAAAAAGAUCAUUCUUAAUGGUUUGGAAAGAUGAAGGAGAUGAAUGUGCUGUGAAUGUGACAGUGAUCUGUAGUUGGUCAACCCUGGUUGAGAUGGCCUGUGGUUUAAAAGAGGAAAAAAAGGAAACUGCUCAUUUAUUGAAUGAUUUUUAGUCGCAUGCAUUUCCAAAAUGACUCCUUUUCCUCUUCUAUGUUGAGGCAAGGAGUGUGAGGAUAUAAUUAAUGGAUUUAGACUCUGAUUGGCUUUCACAUCUGUAAGCGGUAACACAGUUUUAUUUUUUACACUUGGAAAAUAUUGGACUAGUGUUUUAAAUACACAGCAGAUCAUCUGGAAAGCAGGCUAUUCUACAAUCAGGGUUGAAAAUUAAUCAAGGGGAAAAAAAUACCAGAUUUUUGUAUUCUGAUGUCCUUUGCUUAUAUUGACGUGUGCAUUUUAUUUUGCACUUUGGAAUAUUUCAUUGUCAUAAAAGAAAUUUAUUUUCUAUGUAAGAUUUAACAUUUAAGAGUAAAAUAGAUCUAAUUAAAAGUUCAGAUGAUGUAUAAAUAUAGUGCUUUCUUUCCUGCCUGUAUUUUAUUAUUUUUCCUAUUUUGUAUCUGAUCUGUACACCCUGUAGAUGUAUAACAAAUCUUUCACUACUGAAAUGCAAUGACCUGUUUUCUGUGCGGCCCCUCAGGAAUGGGGAGUUACUACUGCAGUUUCUUAUUGUAUCAGAUUCUUUUUUUAAGUUUGUAAUAAAAACAGAUUGGCAAAAAGAA